AUGACGUUGAGGACCUCACUUAACAACUCCAAAGACGGCACAAACUGCCAUCCCACCGCACUGGAGAUCAUCAAGGGCAAUGGCUUAGAAGGCAAACUCCAGGACAAAGUCAUCCUCAUCACUGGCUGCUCGUCGGGCAUCGGCAUUGACACAGCGCGUGCCCUUUCCGUUACCGGGGCCACGCUCUAUCUCACCGCGCGAGAUUUGAAGAAGGCCGAGAAAGCGUUGGGAGACCUCACCAAGCAGCCCAAUAUCCACCUCCUACCUUUGAACCUCGACUCGCUGACCAGCGUGCGCGCCUGUGCGGAAGCCUUCCUGUCUGAAAGCUCCCAAUUGAACAUCCUGAUCAACAAUGCAGGGGUCAUGGCGACACCGGAGGGUCGGACGCAAGAUGGGUUCGAAACCCAAUUCGGUACAAACCACUUAGGCCAUUUCACGCUGUUCUACCUGCUGAAAGAUGCUCUGCUUGCUUCCUCAACCCCGGAGUUCAACUCGCGUGUUGUCAAUGUCUCGUCCAUGGCACAUCGCUGGGGUGAACCUGCCUUUGAGAACAUUAACCUGGAGGGAAUCUAUGAGCCGUGGAGAGCGUACGGUCAGAGCAAGACGGCGAACAUCUGGAUGGCCAAUGAGAUCGAGAGACGAUAUGGGUCUCAGGGCCUCCAUGCUUUUAGUCUUCACCCUGGUGGUAUUAGAUCUGGGUUACAGCAAUACGUGCCCAAGGAACAGAGGGAUGCAUGGGAAGAGGAUGAUGAGAUGUCUAGUUUGUGGAAAACUUCGGAGCACGGGGCUGCCACCACCGUUUGGGCCGCGGUGGCACAGGAGUUGGAAGGAAAAGGCGGGAAGUAUCUUGAGGAUUGUCACAUUGCAGACAAAUAUGAUCCAAGUACUGGAAGAACUGGUAAGGGGUAUGCUCCCUGGGUGUAUGACGAGGCAAAACAGACGAAGCUGUGGGAAAUGUCAUUGAACCUGGCAGGGUUACAUGCCUAA